ACUGCAAUCGGCGUGGGUUCUUUCAUUCAAUGAAACAGACGAGACCGCACGAGGUCGAUAUCAGACGACAAGAUGAUUCUAAGUAGUGUAAACUUCGUUAAAACCAGCAGCCGACAACAAAAAUCUCAUUUUGACUUCAGUGAUUUUAUUAUUGGAAAAAUUAAAGAGGAACAGGAGAGACAAGAAGGAUGCAAUAAGUGUGGAUCGCCGGCGCAAAAUGCGAAGAAAAGUGAAGUAAACAACCCAUCCUCGGCAAGAACAAGCUACACAGAAAGCAUCAAGAGAAGACACUCAGCCCAGAAAGAGAACAGUUCCAAUGUUACAGUAGAAACCAAAGACGGUUACGUGGUCAGCUUAUGUGAGGAACUUAACCGCAUAUACCUCGGAGAUGUAGAGGACCCUAACAAUUCAAACAUAUUUCGUCAGACAAAACAUGCACUUCAGGACGGAGAAAACUCCACCGAAUUCUGCACAUUCCGACUCCACAGUCGGGGGGACCUGUACCUGUCCGUGACCCCUGACCGGGGGUUAGCGGUACACCAGUCAGAAACCCCCGUGGAUCCCCAGUCUCCAGAUGACAGAUGCUUCAUAAUGCAUCCAGUAUCAAACGGUAGUGUCUUCAUCCAGCCGUACCAUCAUAAAGGUUAUUAUCUACAUCAUCUUGACAGAGCUUUGUCAGUCACGAAAUUGGAAAUCAACUGGAGGCCCCCUGAGGAAUAUUUCUUCAGUAUCGGUGUAGUCGAUGUCCCCGAUCCCGAGGUGUUUGUGACCCUAGAGGACCUUGAAGAUGUUCCCGUCCAGAAAUCAAACCCCAUCAUAGAAGAAUCCUCCCCCAUCAAACCCAGUCUUUUCUGGGGAUGUUUUGGCGGAAAAUCCAAGAAGUUAUCAUCCAAAAUUAAGAAAACAAUCAAACAAACGUCUCGUGUCUAAGCCACGCGACCACUGUGACGCAAUCAGGAACACGCAACUUUUCUGGUGCUGCUACAUCAUUAGAAUCAUUCCUAAAUAUUUACAAAACCAUGGACCAAAUACAUUGGCCCUAGAAAAGCAUUAAAAGAAAUCGACGCUUUGGUCUUAGAAGACCAUAUGACACAGUCGAUCGCCAGCGAUGACCUAUGACCCCGCAGCUUUUUGGCUGCGGCUUGAGUGGGGUGGUGGUAUAUAUUACUAGUAAUAACCUGUGUGAUACCAUGACUGGCAUUUUUACUAUGCUCAAAGGGUCUUUGUACUAACAUGUAAUCCCUCCAUUCUAUUGACAAUUCGCCGAUGUUUCGGUGAGCACUAUGUGUGGAACUACAGCUUUAAACUAUUAACAUAACCUUUCUUCUUAAUUCCAAAGGAAAGGCCACAAUAGAAGCUGUACUUUUCUAUUUCUAGUCAUCGCUUGUGAGACAGUGCAAUAUAAACUAUUAAUAUUUAUAUGUUUAUUUAUUUAUUUUGUUAGUUUUUCAGUGGUAAAAACUAAUAUGUAUUAUUUAUUUAAAUAUAGUGUAAAAACUAUAUAGUAAAGUACGAGAAUGCAAGUUCCACUUGUAUCAGAGAAAGGAUCCGAGUAAUGUACAAGUCAUUGUGAAGACUUUUGUGAGAGUGAUUGUGAUUUUUAUAGACAAUAUCUGUACAUAUCAGUGAUGUUUGCCUUUGCGGUAGAUGUCAGGAUUUUUUUUUGUUAUUUAUUCUGUUUGUGUGUGAUAGGUGGGGGAUUGGCGAAUUCUCGUUGGAAUGUUUCCGAUCUCCCCGCUUGUUUGGUAUCUUGGCACAGAAAGCUUGUAAUUGUUUUAUUUUUUUACGAUAUUGUCUCUUACAAGAACAUUGGGAACACUUCCAAUAAAAGUUGAGAUAAAAAUGA